AUGACCGCGACCGAGAGCAGAUCUGCCGACCGGACUUCGCCUUCCUUCGAAGAUACUGUGGACUUCGCAAAUGCCGAGCGCGGCUUUAUAGGAUGUCUGGAACCGUGUGUUGUCAAAAACGCACAAGGUCAAAUUGUCUGGAACAAUGAUGAAUAUAACUUUGUCCAUGAGGAGCCAUGCCCGACUACAGUGGAAGCAAAGUUAUGGCGACAGGCUCGACUGCUGUCCAAGCAGGGCCUCUAUUGCAUCAGCCCAUCUAUCUAUCAGGUCCGUGGCUUCGAUAUCUCGCACAUCACUUUCGUUGAAGGCCAGAGUGGCCUGGUCGUGAUCGAUCCUUUGAUUUCUUGCGAAUGUGCAGCAGCAGCGAUGGAUCUGUACAAGCGGUAUCGGGGUAGUCGUCCAGUCAAGGCCGUUAUAUACACGCAUUCGCAUAUCGACCAUUUCGGAGGCGCCGCAGGAAUUCUACCGCCACCGAGGGGGAAGGAGGGCCUGGACGAUGUGAAAAUCAUUGCACCCGAACACUUCAUGGAGGAAGCUACUUCUGAGAACGUUUUUGCUGGACCCAUCAUGCGCAAACGAUCUGCCCACAUGUAUGGAUCUCAGCUUCCACGGUCUUCCAUCGGACAGGUGGGAGUAGGUCUGGGCAUGGGAACCUCCCGUGGGACGACGAGUCUGGUCCCGCCGACAGUCGACAUCACCUACACUGGGCAGUCUUUAACGAUUGACGGCAUCCACAUGGUAUUUCAGAUGGUGCCAAAUACUGAGGCACCAGCCGAACUCAACAUUUACUUCCCUAACGAACACGCUUUGCUAGUUGCCGAGUGCGCUACUCAUGCCCUCCAUAACAUCGUCACCCUGAGAGGUGCCCUCGUCAGGGACGCCAAGGCCUGGAGUAGAUACCUAGACGAGACUCUGGUGCUCUACUGCGAGGAAGCAGGGGCAGAAGUACAAUUUGGAAGCCAUGGCUGGCCCACCUGGGGGAACGACAACAUUACAAGCUUUUUGGAACAACAGAGAGAUUUGUACGCCUACAUCCAUGAUCAAACGGUGAGGCAGAUGAAUAGAGGAUGGAACGGAACGGAGAUUGCUGAACGCAUGGUGCUUCCUCCUGCUUUGAGGCGUGCUUGGCACACGCAAGGUUUUUACGGAAGCGUCAACCACAACGUCAAGGGGAUUUACCAGCGUUACAUGACGUGGUUUGACGGUGCAGCCGAAAAUCUAUGGAAGUGGCCUCCGAAGGAAGAGGGGAUUAAAUAUGUGGCAUGCAUUGGUGGGCCGGAAGAGUUGUUGAAGAAAGCCGACGGGUUUAUCAACGAGGGAGAUCUUCGCUUUGCUGCGACAUUGUUGGGCCAUGUCGUGGCAGCGGAAGACGGCGCUGGUGGUCCUGCAAGCGCACGUCUGCAAUGCAGAGAUAGGCUUGCUUACGUAUUCGAGAGUCUGGGCUUCGGCGCAGAGAACGCAACCUGGAGAAAUUUCUACCUGAGUCAGGCAAUGGAUCUCAGGAACGGCAAGAGAUCUCGCGGUCAAGAUACAGCCAGUCUGGCAUCAUUUGCACCCAGACUUGCAGUCGAGCAAUGGCUCGGUGGUCUCUCCAUCAUUGUCGACGGUCAGGCAGCUGGGAGGGAACACCAACCCAUCAACAUCGACAUCCACAUCAAGGACAUUGAUGAGAGGUGGAGGUUGAUUUUAAGCAAUGGUGCAUUGACAUAUCGACGUUUGGUCGGCGACAGGGUUACUACAAGUCCCCAGGGCAGUGUCAGACUCACUCUGGAGAAAGCUGAGCUGUGCGAAGUAUUAAAUGGCAAGAGAAAUCUGACUGGGAUUGCGGACGUCGAAGGUGAUGUCCAGCUUCUGGGCAAACUGCUAUCAUUUGCGUCGAUUGACGCAGGCAUGCCACAUGGAGCGUCGAGCCACCUCUAA